UUCCAGAAAUUGAAGUUUACAUUUUCGUUCGUUUCGUUAUACACCAGUUUAAACUAUGGAGUGCCCAAUUAAUCUCAUGCAUAUUAAACUUUAUAUACAACGAAUUGAACACCUAAACCCGUAUCUGAAGGAAGAAGUGAUCACCGUAUUAGGAUACAGCAAUAAUAUUUUUAAUGCUUUGGAUCUGACAACUUUUAGAAAUGCCUACGAACACUUUGCUGGGAAAAAAUUACCACUAAAAGGUCGGGUGGCUUUGAUGGAAUUUAUGCUAAGCAUACCGAAUAUCAACAUAAUCCAUUAUAAUGAUGUCCCUUAUUUCUUUAUAUGCGAGAGGCACAGUAAUGAAGAACUUGAUGAGGGCUGGGAGCCCGCACCCGAACAACCCUCAGUAAUAGAGAUUUCUGAUGAUUCAGAAUAAACCGAUAAGCUUAGAAAUUUAAUGGAUUUUAAACUAAAAACUAGAUUAACGACAUACAUUGGACAUGGAUAAGCUGUUAGCUAAUUUAACCUUUUAACCUUUCUUUUUGGAGUUAUUUUUAAAAAAUGUUAUAUUAUGUUACUUUUGUUGAUGCCA